AUGUCUUCUCCACCAGCACGCUGCGAGCACAACCGCAUCCACCGUGAUCACACCGACAUCAGCCCGCAGAACAAGUGUCAGGUCGAGGACAUUCCCAUCUGGACACCAAAGCCAAAGAACACUUCAAGCAAGACACAGUCGUCCCAGGCUGCUCCAGAGAAGAGAGGCAGAGGUCGUCCUCGCAAGCAGCCAGUCACUCCAGCCACGGAUUCAGUCGAAUUCGACGACAACGCCAGCUCUCCACUCAGUCCUCUGGCAGCGUUGUCAAAGCAUCUUCCUCGGGCUUUGACUUCGCUGUUCACGCCUCAAGCGACGCAGGAGGACCCAGUUGAGGUGGCUCGAGGUGACAGCCCAGAUCCAGCGGAGUCUGAAUCAGCUUCGUCUCCAGACAUGUUGCAGCAUACACCAGGAGGCACAUCGUUCGUUCCAGGGACGCCGUUCGACGAUAUGCCAGCAGCAGAAGACGAUGGCUCGGUCUCCGAGGACAUUCUUGCUCAACAGACAUCACCACCUCAACCAACCCAAGACGUCUUCGCAUCAACUCUAGCUUUGUUAGAGCACGACGCCGUCCAGUCCCAGCUCGAAAUCCAACAUCUUCAACGUUCGCGCGACGUCGUCGUCGAAGAGCUCGCAGACAAGACCGCGCUCGCCAACCGUCUGCGCACGCGUGGAAUGGUGUACGAAGCGAACGCAGUCGUGACCACGGCAGAGCUAGACCAAACUCAGCGUGAUCGGGAUGCAGCUGACGAGCACGCCAGAGCAGCGCGGAGACAGGCCGAGCAGGUCAAGCUGCGACUUGGUUCACUCCUCACAUUGAUCGUGCUGAUGGUGGUGGCAUACGUGCUGUGGUGUUGCUAUAAGUCGCCCGAGAUGGAGUACAUUCGGCAGCGACGGGUGGCUGUUUUGCAUGAAUAG